CGUGCGGAGCUGCGGGGUUGCGGGUGACACCUGGACUCGUGCGGGUGGAGGGGGACCGCCGCCCCUUUCGGGGACUGCUGGCCUUGCAGUUCCUCGGCGGGCCGCCGGGUGGUGCUGCCGCGGGAGCGCGCCUGCGCGCGGCCGAAGAGGGAGGCGCGCCUUGCGUGGGCGGAGCGGCAGUGCCAGCAGCCAGCAUGGCGUUGGCGGCGGCAAGGAGGGGGCUGCUGGCCCGCGGCUGGGGGCGCCCCGGGCAGCGGGCCUUGGCGGCGCAAGGGCCGGGCGAGGAAGUGGAGCAGGCGCAGCGGGCAGCCGAAGAGCCCGGCCCCACCGUCUUCGGCAGGAUCCUGGACGGCUCUCUCCCGGCCCACGUGCUCCACCAGGAUGACCAGUGCAUCGCCUUUCGGGACGCGGCGCCGCAGGCCCCCGUGCACUUCUUGGUGGUCCCGCGCCGCCCCAUCGCGCGCAUCAGCCGCGUGGCCGAGAGCGAUGCCCAGCUCCUGGGACACUUACUGGUGGUCGCCAGCCAGACUGCAAAGGCAGAAGGCCUGUCGGAGGGCUAUCGAGUGGUCGUCAACGAUGGCAAGCACGGGGCACAGUCCGUCUACCACCUCCACCUCCAUGUGCUGGGGGGGCGCCAAAUGGGCUGGCCGCCAGGCUGAAUAAAGCUGCGCUGCGCAGAAACUGUUCUACGUAAAAUAAAUGCCUGCGCCAGGGCGCAGCAAGGCAUGGGGUCUGCGUGGGCAUCGUUCUUCUGACUUUGGCAGAUACAGCACUGGAUUCGGUUAGUACUUGGGUGGCGGUCCACCAGGAGGCGUCAGGGCUUUUGUUAGAUUGGGAAGCUGAAAAAUCUGGAAGAGCAGAUGAACCACGCUGAAUAGCGGUGAACAAAAUGCAGAGUGCUCAGGAGUCAA